CCGUGUCAACGGUUUUACCGAUAAACCAAACCGCAGAAGGACCUCUGUAUGGACGAUUAUGGAGAAAUAGGAAACUAAAAAGAAAAGUAUAACUCCGCAGUCUGGUAUGUCGUCUGUCCGUCUCGUCAGAUCGGGAGUCUGACAUUCCUGUUCUGACACCAUCACCUAUAUGACGUCAUCCGUCAAUCACAAUGGAAACAGGUCCUUAUGUUGUCCUCCUGCACGCAGCAGAGGAUGGGGAGUUCGUCAGGAGGCUGGUGGAGAAGCUGGGUGUGAGUCUGGGCUGGGGUUACAAUCUACCCCAGACAGACAUCUCCUGUCAGCAGGUCACAGACACUCCUGGUGACGUCAGCCGCGCACAGCUCACGUCCACACUGACCCUCGGCAGCGUGAAACUUGUCGUGCCCGUGAUCAGCAGACACCUGCUUGCUGACCAGUCCUCGCUCACGGUCGGACUGGAAACUGCCGUGAGGAACAACAAGCCUCGGUACGUCAUUUGGCUGGACCAGAACAAGGAUGACUUCCGUGAGUUCGGCACGUUAGUCAGCCGGCAGUACCCAACCCUGGAGGAGCCGGCCAGGCGGGUCCAGCGGGACAGGGUUGAGGAGUGGAUGCCCGGCAGUGGUUACAGUGGGAUAGAAGGUAUCGCCUGGGAUGUGCGUGACGCGCUCUGCAGACAAACAGGUGAACUGAGGCUCCCGUGCGGGAAGGCGCUGUUAUACACCGGUGCGUUCCUGUCUGACAACAUGAACCUCCCAGCUGUUCUUACACGGCUGGAACAGGAGAACCAGCUGAGUCCGGCUGAGCUCCGGGAUAUCCAGGCGGAGCCGACACCAGUCAGCAGGGGGGAGCGGUUGGUAUACAUGCUGGAGAACAGGAUGCGUCAGGAGCCGUACGACUGGUUAGUGCGGGUCCUGCGGGAGGAAGGACAGGACUUCCUGGCGGAGGAGAUGGAGGAACGGGAGCGGGAGGAGGAGCGGCUCUACGGCAUCGGGGAACAGCAGGCGGCACAACCUGGUCAACAAACCGCACAGAGGGCACAUUUCACACGGCAAACUCAAGAAAUGAUGCAGAAACAUCUACGUCAUCCCGACGCGCAUGCGCGCACACAGGCCACAACACCUUUCGAAGUCAAGUGUGUGAUUCUGGGACAGACGGAGGCAGGGAAGACCAGUCUGCUCAACUGUAUGAUGAAGGGUCAAGGUCACGUGGAGGCUGAAACUGACAGAACCAUCGGUGUUGACGUCAUCACUUACCAUGACACCAAGAAUAACGUCAAGUACGAGAUGUACGACUUCGGAGGUCACCAGAUCUACCACUACACGCACCGGUUCUUCCUGACACGUCAGGCCCUGCACAUCCUCAAUGUAGACCUGCCAGGAUACAAGUCAGAAGAGUUCCAGGAACGAGUGGGAACGUGGCUAACAUCCGUGACUUCCCACGUGUUCAACCCGGCUAUCCUUGUUGUAGGAACCAAAGUCGACCUGUUCCCGCCAGACAAGGCCGAGGAGAUGAUAGCAGCAGCUUGUUCCUCCAUCCAGAGAGACAUCCAGGCCGCUGAGAGUAAAAUACAAACCAAGCUGAAAGAAGAGAUACAACUCUGUCAGAAGGCGGUGGAUGUAGCGGACGGCGGAUCAGACCUGACCGGACCUUUCUACGGUCUCACAAGAGACGACAUAUUGGCCAAGAAAGAGUCACUGGAGAAGUUACUUGACGGACGGCCCAAAGGCCUGUUAAACGUACAGGUUAUCCCGGUCAGCAGCAAGACGUUCCAGGGUAUCGAAGCUCUGUGCGACAAGAUGGCAGAAAUGGUGAAGGACGAGCGAUUGUUCCCUGCUGCCCGCCAAGAGCUGCCGACUUCCUGGACGAAACUGUCAGAAAACAUCAAGACUUCAGGACGGCCGUACCUUCAUGUCAGGGAUUGUCAGGACGUUGGAGCAGCUGCAGGGAUGAAUGAGUCAGACGUUCUGAACGCGCUCAGCUAUCUGCACGUGGCCGGACAGAUCCUGUUCUACAACCACAUCAGGGGGAUGGAAGAUCUGGUCUUCCCCGACCCAACUAUCAUCCUCACACUCUUCAAGCAGAUCUUCAGGCAUGACCUACCGGCAUAUCUGGACAGCAUAGCCGAGUCUCUCUCUGAGCACACGAGAGCGCAGUUUGCUGAAGACAGGGCGUCCUUUCUGAAGACGGGGAGGGCAAGCGACAGUUUCAUGAAGAACCUGCUUGGAGACAACAUUUCUACCUUCAGCAGUCUCCUUCCCCUGAUGAAGCACUUCGGCCUGUGUUACUCAGGGUCGGUGAUCUUUCCAACAGAGCUUCCUGCCGCCCAGCCUGACGAGGUGGCGCGCUGCUGGCCAGAGGCUGUGCCAUCAGGCGGAGAGGAGAUCUCUGUUACUAUAGAGUACAGCCAAGAGCCUCCUCUGGGUCUACCGGAAACCAUGGUCUCCCGUAUCCUGUCCAUGGAGCAGACCACACGCCGUCUCCUCACCAAGGACACAGUUGUCGUUCAUGUUGGAGAGAACGCAGAAGACGUCAUGUACCGCCAUUUCCCUACAAGAGAAGAAAUCCGGAUCCGGGGAGAGCCGGAGAAGGCGUGGCGCCAGGCUCAGACGGUAGUGAAGGUGAUGGAGGCCUGUUGGGACGAGUUUCCUGCCUUGUACUUCAGUAACAGUGUUGGAAGCGGAGAAACAACAAAGUCGCUCACUAUAGAGGCUGUGAGGCGUCACGUGCCGGGUGACUUGUUGAGGAUGUCUGAAGGAAGCUGGGAACGGCCACUCGAUAUUCCUGACGUCAGAACGCCGGAUGACGUCAUUGGCAAAUAUUUCAUCGACAACCGACUGUACCAGAUCAGCAGGGCUGUUGGUGAGGAGGAGCAGCUGUGGACCCGACUGGGACAGGAGCUGGGGCUGAACAGGGCCGUGCUGGACAACAUUUCGGGAAUCGGGGACAUCCAGAAGGCGUUCCAGAUGCUGAAGGCGUGGCGCACCAAGACCCCCCACGGACCGCUCCACUACCUGCCGCAGCUGGAGGAAACACUGCAGAACAUGGGCGAACCGGACCUGGCUGCAGAUGUACAGGGGAUGUAUAAGGAGUACCGUGAUGCCUUGCCGUCACAAGAGAUCAGUCCUGAGAUGACCGGAGACACCGAAUGGUCCCUCCGCCUGCCAGGUGAAGGUAAGUACCUGUGCAGACGGACCGACCUGGUCGUGGUGACGCCCUACCCGCUGCACGUGACCUACAGGAGUGCGAACUGGUCCGACAACUGGCAGCAGGGCCAGGGAUGGAUGCCGGUGGGUCCGCUCUUCUCCAUCCAGUGUGAGGACGUGGAGGGGCCGGUGGACAUCCUACUGCCGCACGUGCUGCACGUUACAAACGAUGCUGAGGCUGAUCUAGCAGACAUGCGGGUUGUCCAUGUUGUCGGCGGUGAAAUUGAGUUUCUACCCGUCUCUUCGAUCACUUCAAACCACAUCUGCACCAGAUUCGAGAAAGGCAGCCUGUUUGGUCCUGUGAUGAAGAAGAUUGCCGCCAAGUUCUAUCCAAGGAACGGUCUUUGUGUUGUGUUCGGACCACGAAACUUCUUGCCGGAAUGUCAAGUCCAUGUCUACAUUGCUUCCAACGCCCUGGUAGCUCUUCAGACUCUGGAGGAUCUGGAAGCGUUAGACGGGUACAUCAGGUGGGAUCAGGACCAGUGUGUGCUGCAGUCAGGAGAGACGUAUCGUCUCGAGGUGUCCGUCAGAAACGGAGAGGAGUUGACAAUGCCUACAAAUCCCGAGGGUCUCAUAUUCUACGAUACUUUGGAGACGGACAAGUUCUACAAGAAAUUUCGGGUUGAAGUUGACCUCAAGAAAGUUAAGUCAUUGAAGAAGUAUCAGCCGGCGUUCAAGAUGCUGCUGAAGAAUGCUGCCGGGACGCCGGUUUGUCAGUUCAUCACCACCAAAGGACAACGACUGCAGUUUUUAGACACCGACAGCGAUGAGAGCGACAGCGGGUUGUCCUCUGAACCUGCGAGCACAGCAUUCCAAGAAUAUGGAGGUCACGAACCAGGCAUCUACAGCGGACGUGCCGCAGAGCCUGCUGCUCACACCCGCAGGAGCUCUGCCCGUCCAGACACCGGACGUGCCGCAGAGCCUGCCGCUCACUCCAGCAGGAGCUCUGCCCAUCCAGACAGCGGACGUGCCGCAGAGCCUGCCGCUCACUCCAGCAGGAGCUCUGCCCGUCCAGACAGCGGGAGUGCCGCAGAGCAUGCCGCUCACUCCAGCAGGAGCUCUGCCCAUCCAGACAGCGGACGUGCCACAGAGCCAGGCGCUCACACCCGCAGGAGCUCUGCCCAUCCAGACAGCGGGAGUGCCGCAGAGCAUGCCGCUCACUCCAGCAGGAGCUCUGCCCAUCCAGACAGCGGGAGUGCCGCAGAACCUGCCGCUCACACCCGCAGGAAGAGGAAGUCCAGCCGGACGUCGGCAAAAGGCAAGAAGCUGAAAGGCAGAGACCAGAGAGGCGCAGAUGUGCCCUCUAAAAGAAGGAAAGAGGAAAGUUCAACUGCCAGAGUUUCAGUCCUGUUGGUUAGUGACGAGUACUGCACGUCAAAGGGCGGAAUCUCCACAAUUAAUCUAAGUGCCGCGCGCGUGCUCUCCGCCGCGGGUGCCAAGGUCUACGCUACCGUGCUGGAGGCAAGUCAUCAAGAUGAGAAGGAUGCAGAACGAGACGGAGUGAGACUCCUCAAGCCUCGUCUUGAUGUAGACAGCAGCACGAAGCCGUCCUUAGAAUGGCUGACUGUGUACCACAAACACCACUUUCCACACAUCCCAUCAGAUAUCAGCUGCAUUGUGGGUCAUGUUGACGUCACAAGCAGAGCAGCCAGGAAGAUCAAAGAGGAGCGGUUUCCACACGCCAAGCUCGCCAUGUUCGGUCACGUGGCGCCAGAGGAGACGGAGCACUACAAGAGUGACGAGAAGGCCCUGGGUGUGGGGAGGAAGGAAGCCAGCAUCCAGGACGACAUUGGCAAGGCUGAUGUCGUCUUCUCGGUAGGACCGCUCAUUCACCGGCAUUACGACAGGUUCCUCCAACAGCGUGGUGUGGAUCACUACAUCUUCCUACCCGAACCUUCAAAGGUCUUCAGUGAAGCAAAUGUGACCUAUGGAGAAGAAAGUAAGAAAGUUCGAAAGCCAGAGAGAGUGAUUCUGUCCAUCGGCAGGGUGCGGAAUGUGGAGAGGCUGAAAGGUCACGACCUGGCCGCAGGAUCCAUAGACAAGGCGGCACAGCGGCUGGGGCAGUCCACGUUCCGCCACUGCAUCGUCAAGAUGACGGGAGACACCGCGACCGACGCUGAUGUAGAGAAGUGGGCAGACAGAAUCGAGGACGUCCUCAAGAAGUCCAAGUCAGAGUUCGCGGAAGCACGCGCCUUCAGGGAGAAACUGCUGGCCUCCAAAUACUGGGAAGAGUCUCACCAGAGGUUCCUACAGACGGCGGCAGUGCCCAAGCGGAGGGUGGAGGUGCUGAGGCUGGUGACUCGGACUGAAGAUCUGGCGUCACCAGAGACCACUCAUGACGUCAUGUGA